AUGUUAAAGAAAUUAAGUCACUUUGCACGUCUUGAUAAUCGAACCAUUCUUUCCAUUAAAGGAAGAGAUGCUUUUGAAAUUCUAUAGGGAAUAACCACAAAUGACAUUCGUUAAAUAUAGUAAUCUCAAAGUACAUUAUUCCUAAAUACAAAUGGGAGAAUAAUUUGUGAAGCCAUUUUGCAUAGACCACAAAUGUAAGAAAUCGUAUUAUUAGUCAAAAGAAUGACUAGUGGUAAUAUUGUAAUGAUGAAAUUUGGAUGGAUAUAGAUAUAGACAUUAAAAGCUCUUUAGUGAAUCAUAUCAAGAAAUUCUUGAUUAGAAAAAAAGUUUAAAUCACAGAUUAUGAAGAUCAAUUACAUAUCUUCUAAGUUUAUGUAAUCUAUCUAUACUUAAAUUUAAGGGACAAGAAGUCAAAUUAAAUAAUUAGGAAGGUGAACCUAUUAUAGAUCCUAAUAAUGAUUUAUCUGAAGAAGGGGAUUAUAGAAACAUAGUUGCUGUGGAUCCAAGAUCUUCAUCUAUUGGAAUCAGAAUGGUUACUAAUGAUAUGCCAGAUUUAAAAUAAAAUGAUAUUUAAGUUUAGGNUAAUAAUUAUGAAUUUAUAAUAAAUUAAUUAAAUUUUGAUCACACUUGUUAUUUAAUACAUUUAUUACAGAAUACUAUAACCAAAAUUAUGAAUAAAUCUUAAAUUUAAUUAAUAGAACUUAUGAUGGUAACAGGAAUUUAGGUAGCCUUGCAUAUUUUAAUUUAGAUAUUGUUAUAAUAAUAAUAUUUAUGA